AUGUCGUCGAUCAUCACUUCCAUCAAAGACCUCAUCGCUUCGGUAUUUGAGGUGAUAUUCGCCGUCUUUCACACCGCGCUCGAUACCACAACCGGCCUGCUCAAAGCUAUUGUCGACUUUUUCGUCGACACCAUCAGACUGGCGUUCAGCGCUGUGGGGAAUGUUUUGGGAGCUGCAGGUGGCGUGGGCAAGUUCGUUGCAAGCAAUAUCGUUGUCAUUGCAAUCAUCGCCGGCGGAGCAUAUGGCUUUUUGCGAUACCAGAGUCGCCAGGGACGCCCUGUUAGGGUCGGAGAUAAGAAGUUGAAUUAG